GCACCCUUUCCGUCGCUAGGCGGCGAGUUGCGGCCAACUCUUGCCAGUGGGCGGGAGCAUGGCGCGCGCCGGCUGUUUCUUCACCGUGCGCUGCCAUGGCAAGGCGCGGGUACGCCGAGGUGUUCAGCCGCAAGAAGCCUCACAUGAACAUUGGCACUGUUGGCCACGUCGAUCACGGCAAGACGACGUUGACUGCUGCCAUUACCAAGGUUCAGGCUGAGCAGGGCUACGCCAGCUUCACCGACUACUCUGCUAUCGACAAGGCUCCCGAAGAGAAGGCUCGUGGUAUCACCAUCAACUCUGCUCACGUUGAGUACGAGUCGGACAACCGUCACUAUGGCCACAUCGACUGCCCGGGACACGCGGAUUACAUCAAGAACAUGAUUACUGGUGCGGCUCAAAUGGACGGUGCUAUCAUCGUUGUCUCGGCUACGGACGGUCAAAUGCCCCAGACCCGUGAGCACCUGCUGCUCGCGCGUCAGGUCGGUGUCAAGAAGCUGGUCGUUUUCAUCAACAAGAUCGACAUGAUUGAGGAUCCGGAAAUGCUUGAGCUCGUCGAGAUGGAAAUGCGCGACUUGCUCUCCACCUACAACUACGACGGCGAGAACACCCCGAUCAUCAUGGGCUCAGCUUUGGCGGCACUCGAAGGCAAGACCCCGGAGAUUGGCGCUGAACGUAUCAAGGCACUGGUCAAGGCUUGCGACGAAUGGCUCGAGAUCCCUCCCCGUGACCUUGAGAAGCCCUUCUUGAUGGCCGUCGAAGAUGUCUUCACUAUCUCUGGUCGUGGUACCGUUGCUACCGGUCGCGUUGAGCGUGGUGUUGCGAACAAGGGUUCCGAAGUUGAGAUCCUCGGUUUCGGCAGCAAGCUCAAGACUGUCCUCACUGGCAUUGAGAUGUUCCACAAGGAGCUCGAGCGUGCUGAGGCUGGUGACAAUAUGGGUGCUCUCCUCCGUGGCUUGAAGCGCGAGCAGGUCAAGCGCGGCCAGGUCAUCGCUGCCCCCGGCUCCAUGCAGAGCGUCAAGAAGUUCAUCGCUUCCCUCUACAUUCUCACCAAGGAUGAGGGUGGCCGUUACACUCCUUUCACUGCCAACUACAAGCCGCAGAUUUUCCUGCGCACUGCGGACAUCAGCGUGAAGCUUUCGUGGCCUGAGGGUACCGAGGACGCCGAGUCCCGCAUGGUCAUGCCCGGUGACAACGUCGAGAUGGUUUGCGAGCUCCUCUUCGACUGCGCUGCUGAUGUUGGCACCCGCUUCACGCUUCGUGAGGGUGGCAAGACUAUUGGUACCGGUAUCGUCACCAAGGUUUUGGAGACUGCUUAAGCGGAUUUCGGAUGCUCUCUGCCUUCGCGCAGUUUUUCCCGAGUUCCUUAGCUUUCAUACGCGGACGAUCUAGCAUACAUUGUACCAUAGCUGACUAACGAAGGCCUCCCCACUCUGCACGCAUCUAUUCAGUGUUCCGGGGCCUCAGUGAGCUGGCGCAUCGGGCGCAUAGGAGCUUCCGUGGUAGACAAACACCUAACGUAGACUCAUCGUAUUGGAAACCAACCGUCGUUCAUGGA